GUGUGUGUGUGUGUGAGAGAGUCGGAGAGGAGUACAGAAAUAGAGAAAAAAGUGUAUUGGUGUGUGUGGCUAAAUGUCAUUUUUUUUGUUAUGUUCUAGCUUUAGCCAAGUUAAAAAAAAAACCCCCACAAAACCAAGAACCAGCAGCACCAAAAGCACGGCAAAGGCAAAAAGCAGAAGAAGUGGAUUUACACAUGUACAUAUGUACAUGCAUACGUACAUGUGCAUGUAUGUGCACACACAGGCAUGCAGAAAUACUCGAUGGUGGAUGUGCAAGUGUGUUCUUUUUUGUAAUUUUCCUUUUAAAGGCAUCAUAAAAAUAGCUCAGACUGCACUUUGAAAGUGAAAGAAAUACCGUAUGUAUACACAUGUACAAUUGGACGUUAUGCGGAAUGUGAAAUGGACAAAUGUAAUUAUUGAACUGAAAGGUGGCCGACUCUUCCUUCUUCUUCUUCUUCAUCUUCAUCGCUGUUCAUGCGAACAAAAUCUCACGCUUUCUUUGCUGCUUUGACUUUAUGGCUUGCAAGGUACCGUGCAAAGGGUGCAAAGGGUAACAGGCAAAAGGAAGCAUUCAAAAUCAUAGAUAUGGAGUCUUGCUCAGGAUUACCUUGGACAGAUAAAAAUACAUGAAAGUACAUAGCGUAACUAAUUCUAAUGGGAUGAGUGAGAUACUACCAAAUACUCUUGUAGAUAGAAAUGAGAUGAAAUCUAUAUAGGGGUAUCUUUUAGUAGACUACAACAAGCUUACUUGAAUUUGCGUGGGCUCUCCCCGUGACGACAAGGAACAAACGACUUUGACCGCCCGCCCUCUCUCUCGCUCUCGUACGCAGAGCACAUCCUGCGCAUUUUGCCGUUUGACGUCGUCUCUUAUUGAUUUUGUGUGCUUUGGCGUUGUUCAUUGAUAAAAGAUUACAGGUUAAUGCGCGAGCGCGCGAAUUUGUGUGGAGUUCACCGAGGUUCUGAAACCUUUGAUACCAAAUCACUUGACCUUCCGCAGAUAAACCCCCCCCCCCCCACCAAACAGCCAAGCAUGUCGUAAGGAGUCCGCAGACCACUCUAAAACUCUCUCUCACGGACAAUGCAACCAUUUAGCGACAGUCUGAGCAAGAGUCGCGAUGAUUUGGUCAGUGUCGCCGCCGCUACCGCCUCCCGGCAGCAAUUGUACGGCCGGAGGCGACACCACGGCAGUAGUCCCAACCUGUCGCUGGAUCAAACGGAUAACCUGCGGAGAAGCAUGGCCUGUCUGCAGGAUGAGUUCGGACACCUAGGACUGGCGGCCACAGAUCUACCCUUCAAGUCACCCGAUCUCGACUCUCCGCCGCAUCUGCAGCAUCACACCAACUACGGGGAGAUCACGGACAGCAGUGCAGAGAACACCUGUCAACAGCGCUGGCCCCACAACGUUGGCGGGGCGGCGGCAGCGUUCGGGCAUCCGGACAAGCCCAUAGGAUGGAUGUAUGGGCUGCUGGGUUGCAUGAAGCCUGUGCUCUCGUUCAUUGGCAAGAGCGGCGUGAUCGAGGUGAAGAGUCAGCGGAGCGAAGACUGGGAAAUACCCUUCGAGUCCAUCACGGAUCUCGAGUGGCUGGGCAGUGGGGCCCAAGGCGCCGUAUUCAGUGGCAAGCUGAAAAACGAGAUUGUGGCCGUGAAGAAGGUGAAGGAGCUGAAGGAAACGGACAUCAAGCAUCUGCGGAAGCUGGACCAUGAGAACAUCAUCAAGUUCAAAGGAGUAUGCACUCAGUCGCCGGUAUUCUGCAUCAUCAUGGAGUUCUGUCCGUACGGACCGCUGCAAAAUAUACUCAAGGAGGAGCAGGUUAUGUUGCCGUCCCGCUUGGUCUCGUGGGCCAAGCAAAUUGCCCAGGGAAUGCAGUAUCUGCAUUCCCACAAGAUCAUACACAGAGAUCUGAAGAGUCCCAACAUACUGAUUAGUACAAAUGAGGUGGUCAAGAUUAGCGACUUUGGGACGAGUCGCGAGUGGAACGAGAUUAGCACCAAGAUGAGCUUCGCGGGCACCGUGGCCUGGAUGGCUCCCGAGGUGAUACGGAAUGAGCCCUGCUCGGAGAAGGUGGACAUUUGGUCGUACGGCGUUGUGCUCUGGGAAAUGCUUACCUGCGAGAUACCCUACAAGGAUGUCGACUCCUCGGCCAUCAUCUGGGGUGUGGGCAACAAUUCGCUCAAGCUUCUCGUACCCAGCACCUGUCCGGAGGGCUUUAAGCUGCUGGUGAAGCUCUGUUGGAAGAGCAAGCCCAGGAAUCGUCCCUCAUUCCGGCAGAUUCUGUCGCACCUGGACAUUGCCGGACCGGAGUUGCUUCGCAAGACGGAGAAGCAGUACUUUGAGACGCAAAAGUCGUGGAAGGAGGAGGUGCGCUCCCACCUGAAGGAGAUCACCCAGAACGGCACCAGCAUACACAAGUACGAGCAGGAUCUGAUCAAGCGGCGCACAGCCGAGUGGCGACACGCCCAGGACAUACGCAUGGUUUACGAGGACAAGCUGCAGAAGACGAACCAGCUGUUCGUUGAGCUCAGCGAAUGCAUGUCCCAGCUGCAGGAGAAGGAGAAGGAAAUUGCCGAGCGUGAACGGAAGCUGCCUGGAAACGGCUAUAAGCCGACGCGACGAUUUGGCAAUACACUCAAAAAGAUGCAACACUACCGCCGACGACUGAACGGUCCGCCGGCCGCCAUCCAGCAGCAGACUUCCACCACACCAGAUCCAGAGACCACGCCGGAGUCCCCUGUAAAGUGCGUGCUGUAUGCCCAGCUGGACGGAAACUGCCAGCCAAAGUCGUAUUUGGGCAACAUCAUGUCUGGCGGUGGCGGAUGCGGAGGCAGUAGCAUGGCAAACAAGAACAAGAAGCGCGGCCAUCGACGCAAUGGCUCUGGCUCGCUAGGAGCGCCACCCAAGUACAGCCCGACGCGCGAUCGUCGCUACCAGAGCGAGCCGGAGAAUCGAAAGGUACAGCUGGUGGAGCAACAUACACAGACCGACGCCAUGGAUGUCAGUGAAACGGACAUAAGUCCCAGCGCCGAUCUGCCCCGCACUCAGCCGAUUGAUGUGCCACCCCCGAACCAUCGCCAGCUGCCGCUUCAAUUGCAACGAGUCCAGAAAAUGGCCAAGGCUCAGGCGCAGGCCCAGGCCUGCAGAGUAGGCUCCGUGAAUCCCACUAGUCCGUCGAAUGGCAAUUCGUUGAGUACCAGCGAGCUGACGUACCAGGAUGCCUGCUCUAGUCCGGACCAGCUGAUGAACGACGAUGUGAUGAACAGCAACGAGCGCCUGGACAUCACCGACUGUUGCAGCGACAAUGAGAAUCUCGAUCGAUUGGGUCGCAAAGUCAUCGAGUUCAUCAACGAGAACCGCCUCUCCAUUCAGUCCACCACGAACUCAAACACUGAGAACGGGAACGGAGGAGGAGUAGGCUCGCCGCUGGAAGAUCACAGGGAAGCUGGCAACAGUCCGUGCCUGAGUCGGUGCAGCAGCACGCAGAGCAAGCGAAGGAAGCAGCCGCAGGGAGACAAUCCCAAUGGGCCCAACGGCCCCUCCUCGAUCGGGGGCAAUGCCAAUGGCGGGGAGGCCAAUGCUCAGGAUAGCUGGUCGGAUGAGGAGGGCGAGACCACGGACUGCAAGUACGCCUUGCGGAGACGAAGCAUUGGUCGCCUGCCCAUUGCUCGAGGCAUGCGUCCGCGGCGCAGCUACAAGGCACCGAUGUCCCAGAAGAUUGCCAUACACCACAAACGCAAUGUGGUCAUUGUCUCCGACGAGGAGGAGAAUACCUCCGAGUACAGUCACUCGCCGUCCAGCCAGCACUCGACGCUGGAGAGCAAUACGGAUAUAGCGUCGGCCAUGAAGCAAACCCAAAACACAUCCACCUCCACAAACAGCUGCAGCGAGCCCGAGGAAGGCGACAACGAUUCGAGCAGCUCCAGCGACGACGAUGAUGAAGUGGAUCUGGAUUUGGAUCAGGCCAAAGCCAAAGCCAAGGGUUCCACACUACCCAUGGGGGCGGUGCGCAGCAGCGACAUUAUAUCCAUACCCACAUUCGAGGCUGAUGGCGCCGUCAACAUGGUCUAACCUAGUACGAUAUGUCCUAGCCUAAGCGAGAAAGCUCCUAAACAUAACCAGUUGUACACGGUCGCUGUACAACAACUAUCUCUACUAUAUAUAUACUCAACCGGGAAAUCGCCCCCCACUUUUAAUGGUAUUAUCUAUGUUCACGUCCAGAUCUGUCUAUCUAUCUAUCAUCUAUCUCUCUCUCUAUAAUUUAUUUGUAUGUGUAUGUUGUGUCCGUCCGUGCGUUGAUCGCUUCGGAAUGCACGUCCCACACUCGAAACCAAACAGAAAAUUUAUACGGGGUCAGGGGCAAUCUUUUCUUCGUGUCGUAUUCGUAUCGCAUGCAUUUCCUAUGUUGCUGAAUAUAUGAUUUUUUUUUAUGCAUUAGUCCUAGUUGAUAUUUGACCUUUGAGAGAGCUGCCUUUGUAAUAUAUUUAAAAAAUUACCUAAUUGUAUAUGUAUUUUAGAUCCUAGGGCCUAGGCGUAGCAUAGUUUUUUUUCUCGAUCCCAAGAGCUUGAACCACAAAACGAAACCCAACAACAAAACCUACAAAGCAACAAAAUAAUUGAAUCGGCCUCAGGCAAAAAAUUACUUAUAUAGGAAACAGAUGGAUAGAAGGGCAAGGGAAUUAUGAAGACGAAAAUAGUCAGGGAUAUUUUUUAUAUAAACGAAAUUUGCUAAAGAACUCUCGAAAGAAGCAUGUUUUUUUCGAAGCGAUUUGUAUAAUUUUUUAGUCGCGCUUUUGGAUGGUGGUAGCGAGGAGUUAUCCAAAAGAAAAUCUUUCUUUCGAUAUGCACAAAAUUCAAAGCUUCAGUGCCUUAAAAUGCAAAAUAUAAAAGCAACAGAAUAAGGGAAAAAUAAAAUACAAUCUAAGAAUAUUGAAAGAAAAUCCUGGUAAAAAU